UCACCUCACCCGGCGUGAAAGGCAACGGCUACGUUAGAUGGUACUUCGACUCGGCAGCUAACGUUGGACAUUCGUGUUUCCAAAGCGGAGCUAUUUACUUAUCGCAUCACUCGGCCCGACUGUGCCACUAUGGUUCUGUACGAAUAUGUCACUCAGGAGCAGCUUGCGGGUUUCGACAAAUACAAGUACAGUGCUGUGGACUCCAAUCCCCUGUCUGUCUAUGUCAUGCACCCUUUCUGGAACUUCGUGGUGAAGUUUCUACCAACUUGGUUGGCACCAAACCUCAUCACAUUCACAGGCUUUAUGUUCCUCGUUUUGAACUUCCUAAUGUUGGCCUUCUAUGACUUUGACUUCACUGCCUCUGCUGCAAAACAUGAACACGUGCCUAGCUGGGUCUGGGUCGCUGCAGGGAUCUUCAACUUCUUGGCCUAUACACUCGAUGGUGUGGAUGGCAAACAGGCGCGUCGCACCAACUCCUCCACGCCACUAGGGGAGCUCUUUGACCACGGCCUGGACAGCUGGGCGUGCAUCUUCUUUGUGGCCACGGUUUACUCGAUAUUCGGGCGCGGGCAGAGCGGCGUGGGCGUGGUCACACUGUAUUACAUACUGUGGGUGGUCCUGUUCUCCUUCAUCCUGUCGCACUGGGAGAAAUACAACACUGGCAUCUUGUUCCUGCCCUGGGGGUACGACAUGAGUCAAGUGACCAUCUCCCUUGUGUACUUGGUCACUGCUGUGGUUGGUGUGGAAACCUGGUACCAGCCUGUCCUGUUCCACUUCCUCUAUAGAGACCUGUUCACCUUUAUGAUCGUAGCCUGUUCCUUCACUGUGACCCUGCCUAUGAGCCUCUACAAUGUCCUGAAGUCUUACCGCAAUAGCACUCUGAAGCACAGCAGCCUGUAUGAGGCGUUCCUGCCUUUCCUUUCCCCCGUCCUCCUCUUCAUCUUGUCCACCACCUGGGUGGUGUGCUCUCCAUCCCACAUCCUUGAGCUGCAGCCCAGGAUUUUCUACCUCAUGGUGGGGACAGCAUUUGCCAAUGUCACGUGUAAGCUGAUUGUGUGUCAGAUGAGUAACACACGUUGUCAAGCCCUGAGUUGGCUGUUGCUGCCUAUGCUGGUGGUGGUGGGGUUGGCCGUCACCGGGGUGGUCGUCAAUGAGACGUUGCUGCUGCAUCUGUGGACGGCUGCUGUCGUAUUAGCACACAUACACUACGGUGUAUCAGUGGUACAACAACUCAGCAAUCACUUUAAAAUUUUGACCUUCUCCUUGAAGAAGCCCAACAGCGACUGACAGGAGGAGGAGCGAAUCAGCUUGACGGGAGCGGAGGUUUAGACGCAUCCCCUCCUCCUCAUGGACACGCCACUCUCAUCACCGCGGAAACCGCACCCCCUUCCCCUCCGUUCGAGAGGACACUGCAAGCGGAACGGACCGUGGCCCUCUAUUCCACCGUCUCCACACACAGACAGACACUCAGACAUGCGCACACAGAUUCCUUGCCAACCAGCUGAAAUAUGUUCUCAGCAUUGGGACGGGCCUCCGGUUUCCGUUACUGGUGAUUGGCUAACUUGGAUGAGCCAACGAGGUGCAAUUGUUUCCUACGGAAAUGUGCUUCAGUCAUGAACACAGGAGCCCAGACGAGUCAUGCAAACGCACACACACACACAUUCUGCAAUCAUGCAACUAAUCAAUGUCCCGUGGCAGGUAAUUUAACACAAACAAACCCGCAUACACAAACACACACAGUUGCACUCAUAUAGUGUUAUGAAUGUAUUCGCCUUGAGGAAAACGCCAUUUCAGUUUUAUUCUAUUAACAGGAAUGCCUCAAGUAGUGUGGAUUCAAAAUGACCAUGCCUCUAAACUUUGGCCACAUGUUGCUUACACGUCCACAGCUGUAUCCACAGUUUAAUGGCUCGGUCAGGUUUUUUUUUUUUGUUUGUUUGUUUUUUUUAAUCAUUGGAUGAUUUUCGGUUGGAAAUCUCUGAUAUGUUAAUACUUGUAUAAACACACUGUAUGUGUAAAGGGGUUUGGGGCAUUUUAUUUUGAAACUGAAUAAAUAUUUGAUUAAUUAUGAAUACUCCUGUAAGCAUUGUAUAAACCUCCCUCUAAUUCCACAUUGAACUCUGUAAUGAUGGGAGUCAUAAGUAAACAGAGUUGAACAUUGACAAACCAGGGCAUUGACCUGAGUGACCUCUAACCUUCUACCAUGACCUCUGUCCGAGCACUGACCUCCCAGCUCUCCCUCCCCUUCGAGGUGUCGUGUCUUCAUGCUGGUUCGUUUUUGUUUUUAUUUUUUUUAACGUACUUAUUAUUUUAGUGUUUGUUGGUCUAUCGCCAUGACAAUGGUGUGUGGUUUAGAUGCGCAGCGCUUGAAUGAAGAGUGUGUCCAAAAGCCACGUAAGGAGCGGACUCACUCUGAAGGAACAAGCCGUCGCAGAAGGCCCACAAACACCACAAUAGCGCUUGGUGUCUCAUCACCUUUUAUACUUUCUGUCAUAACUUGUUUAAUGUUGAUUGUUUACACACUGAUUUAACCUAUGUUCCAUGGUAAGGAUGGAAUAGUGGCUGCAGAUCCAACUUCACUGCCAUAAAACCCAACCAGUACCUUUGCACAGCAACUUAGGAAAAUCUCAUGAGCAUAUGAAGACGGUGAGAACUUAAUUUAAUAUUUUGCUAAUUUACCCAACAUCUGUGGCGUUGGAGAUGAGUUUGCAUUGACAUGGCACCAACUGUGACUGAGUUUGUGUGGGUGUGUGCUGAUCAGUGUACUGUUAACGUGUGCAUGUAUUACUGUGUAAAUACAUUUAUUAUUUCUCCACUGAACUUUUACUGCAGAUGUUUUUGAGUUCUCCAAACUUUGAUUACACAGUCGGUACCAUCCAUCCCACAGCCAAUCAGCAUGUUCUCGCUUUCCUCACUUCUUAACCCUGCUGCUCAUUUGCUGAUUGGACCGUUAAGAGUUUAGGGGGGGGGGGGGUUGGGCCCAAACACAACCACUCCAGGCUGCAAGCACUACAAACAACUGGGUCGGCUGGCUGGCCGCCAUCCAAAAAGAAAAUUUAGCAGAGACAUUAGAACAAACAUUACAACAAGCAAAGCUCUUCCAUGCAGCUGGCAGAUGAAUGUUUAGGUUUUUUCUGGGCAUCUUUGUAAUGUGCUCGCUAGGGCCACGCACCCCUUGUUAGAAUCUUCCUAAUUCCCCCUGGAUCAAUGAACCAAGCUGUUUACAUUGUGACAAAGCUGUUGUAUGAUGCUGCUCUGGCAAACACUCCAGGGCUCCAGUGUGGUUACUUGUAUUUAACCAGUGAAAGAAAAGACAAAUAAAAAGAAAUUUUCUUUAACUA